AUGCCAGCGUUACGACGAAGCUACACGUACAGCACACUUCCUCAAGGCGAUGUCUUCCGAUAUCUUGUCCUUCAACCUGGUGUUAAGGAUGAUCCUCUUGUCUGCAAUUUGCAGACUGAUGCUAUAUCUAACGCAGAGUAUGACGCUGUGUCAUAUGUCUGGGGCACUUCGGUGCGCGAUCAUCACAUUAAGUGCGACGAUCAUGAUCUCAUGAUCACCGAAGCUUUGUCCAAAGUUCUGAAGCGAGUUCGACUACCCGACAAACCUCGAGCGCUCUGGGCAGACAGCAUAUGCAUCAAUCAAGAUAACCCACAAGACAAAGGACAUCAAGUUGGCCUAAUGGGUAAAAUCUACCGAUUCGCGAAAAGCGUCUUGAUAUACAUUGGUUCAGAUGAUGAUAGCCACGGGCCAGCUGUGAUUUCACUGCUGGAAGACGUCAAUCAAAUGAUUGAGGAUACAUGCCAACAAAUUGAUAUGUCAUGGAAUUCUUUUCCAGAAGAUUCAGCAGAAGAGACACCUUUCUGGAGGGAUCCUCGAUGGAACUCGCUUCACGUUUUUGUGAGUCAAAGCUGGUUUGAUCGCGCGUGGGUCGUCCAAGAAGCAGCAUUAGCGCAUCGCGCUCAAGUGAUCUGGGGUCAAAGCCUACUUGAAUGGGAAAAGUUGAUGCGUCUUUACAUCUGGUUCACCACGCGUGGUGGCCAAAUCUACUACGGCAAAGGAUUCGACUCAGUCCAGAUAAAUGCGCAUCUGGAUGUGUACCUGGAGACCCACAAAGACUUUGGCCGAGCCUUCUACACCCAAAUGUCAUGGGGAAAAUUGUCGAUACUGCGAACAUUGAAUUGUGCAAAAGAACUAGAUGUCAGCAAUCAGCGUGACCGAAUAUACGCCUUCAUGGCACUGCCUCAGGUCGCCGAACAGCUUGUUCAGAUACAGUUACGGCCGGACUACUUCGCCCCAUACUUGAAGACAUAUCAUCGUUUUGCUGAAGAGUACAUACGAGCAUCCGGAAGUACGGAGCUACUAGACUAUGUCAGCCACGACGAGGAAUCCCUAAUAAGUGGUACUGCAUCUUGGGUACCACGUUGGGACAUAUGCACAUGGUCGCUCAGUCCGUCAUCCUCAGCAUCGUCUGGAAUACGAUCCCGCACUUUCUCUACCCCUGAACCACUCAUUACUGAGAGUGAACUCCUGAAGGUUCGAGGUGUAGUCGUUGAUAUCGUACACUAUGCGUCCGACGUUUUCGACUGGGAUACAACAACUUCAGAAUCUCUGAAAAGCGUCUGGGACACUGUGAUGUUAGCCCAGACAGAUUCACCAUACGGUUCACUGUCAUACCGACUGGACGCAUUCCUUGAUGCGCUAAGCAGUGGCAUUUACGAUGGCGAGCGGUCUCAAUGGCGACGAGCCCGCCAACGCUUUAGAGUGGAAGUACUGCUCAAGCAAAACCCAGGCGAUAGGCAGCACUCAAAAGGUGAUUCGAUCAUGGCUGAGACAGACGAUACCAUCGACCUCUACUUCGAUAAGGUCCGAUCACGAGUUCACAACCGCCGAAUUGUCCUCACGCAGCGUGGAUAUCUUGGCCUAGCUCCGCUCCCUGCGCGAGAGGGAGACUCUUGCGCUCUCAUAUUUGGUUGCGCAAAACCGUGCCUGCUGCGAAAGGCAGAACAAGACUUGAGUUACCAGUUAAUAGGUGCAACGACGCUCAUAGGCAAAGAUUGGUACGAAGAAGAGGACGGUGGAGUGAGCUUUAUGGAUACACUGGGUGAGGAUGAUAGUCGAGAAUGGGUGGACUGGGAUGUGGAAGAGCAGGACAUUUAUUUGUGUUGA